AUGAUUCCGUGCAGCAGCAUCCUGCCGGCUCCACCGAGGACGUCAGAACCCCGGCAGACGGCAUCCAGCAUGUUGCCCCGCUGUCAAGCUUCCGACGUUUGGGCCGACUCGCCCGAGCUAUGGUUCGCCCAAGUCGAGGCCCAGUUCGCCCUCGCGCACAUCACACAAGACCGGACCCGCUACAAUUGUGUCGUCGCCCACCUCGAUGCCCGCUACGCCAACGAGGUCCGGGGUAUCCUUGCCAAACCGCCAACAGCCAACAUUUACGAACACCUCAAGACUGAACUCAUCCGCCGCCUGCCACUCUCGGAAAACCAGAAGGUGCAACAACUUCAGUCCGCAGAACUUGCCGAGCGUAAUCCUUUGCAGCUCAUCCACCACAUGCGUGCUCUCGCGGGCAACGUGGAAGUCCAGGAUUCCUUCCUGUGA